AUGGUUGUCGCCAAAAAACCCAAUUUUCUUAUCAUCGUCGCCGAUGACCUCGGCUUCAGUGAUGUAAAACCUUAUGGCUCCGAGAUAGACACCCCUGUCUUGGAACGCCUCUCUAAAGACGGCAUACGGAUGACCAACUUCCAUACCGCUCAGGCAUGCUCGCCUACGCGAGCCAUGCUUCUCUCUGGAACAGACAACCACAUUGCUGGACUUGGCCAAAUGGCUGAAUUUGCCGAGAUGAAGAAGAACCUUACUGGAAAGUAUCCUGACUACGUCGACAAACCUGGCUACGAAGGCUACCUCAACUGGAAAGUGGCUGCUCUGCCUGAGAUUCUUUCCGACGCAGGAUACCUUACUCUUAUGUCUGGCAAGUGGCAUCUGGGAAUGACUCCUGAUGUGUCGCCGAGUGCAAGAGGCUUCAAGAAGAGUUUUGGUUUCUUACCUGGUUGUGGAAACCACUUCAACUAUGAACCGCAAUUCGAGGCUGACCAAGACACUAUGCUCUUGACCUCGGAUGGAUUUUGGAUGGAGAAUCAAAAUCCAGUGGAUAGAAAAAAAGACUUACCUGGAGACUUUUAUUCUACCAACUUCUUUACAGAUAAGCUGCUUGAUAUGUUGAGCAACAGAACCAAAGAGGAAAAGGAGCAGCCUUUCUUUUCAUACUUGGCCUAUACGGCACCACACUGGCCAAUGCAGGCGCCACAAGAUGUCAUAGAAAAAUACAGCGGAAAGUACGACAAUGGACCCGACCAGCUGAGACUAGACAGGUUGGCCAAAUUAAAAGAGCUAGGUCUUGUGCCGUCUGAUGUCGAAGCAGCUCCUCCUGUUGGCUUUGAAGCUGGUGUGAAGUGGGAAGACCUCACUGAUCACGAGCGAGAUGUCUCUUCGAGGAAAAUGGAGGUCUACGCAGCAAUGGUUGACCUACUUGACCAGAACAUUGGGAGAGUCGUCGAUGCACUUGAAGCAACUGGUGAACUUGACAAUACUUUCAUUUUGUUCAUGUCAGAUAAUGGCGCAGAAGGCUCUACGUUGGAAGCUGCACCACUCUUAUCAUCAUUCAAGACUCUUGGUGAACUUAUCGCUGCACACUAUGACAACAGUCUCGAGAAUAUUGGAAAACACAAUUCGUAUGUUUGGUAUGGCUCUCGGUGGGCAUGCGCUGCUACUGCGCCUUCUCGUGGCUUCAAAGGAUGGUCAACCGAGGGCGGCAUCCGAUGUCCUUGCCUUAUACGAUUCCCUCCAAUCUCUUCAGCUCCGCAGACUAUUUCCCAUGCCUUCACAACUGUAAUGGAUAUACUGCCCACCAUCCUUGACCUAGCCCAAGUGCAGCACCCAGGAAAAACAUUCAGAGGUCGACAAGUCGUCAACCCCCGAGGAAAAUCAUGGGUCAGCCAUCUCUCAUCUCCUAAAGAGCAUCCAAGCGUUCACCAGGAUGAGGAUCAUAUACAUGGCUGGGAGCUGUUCGGUAAUCGCGCCAUACGCAGAGGAAAUUGGAAGGCAGUUUUGUUGGCAAAGCAAGGCGGUGACAAUUGGGAGCUAUUUGACGUGGAAAGUGAUCCCGCCGAGCAACAUGAUUUAUCGAAAGAGAGGCCUGAAAUUUUGGAAGAAAUGCUUGUGCACUGGGCUACAUAUGUUGCCGAGACGGGGACGCAGUCACCACGAGAUAAGGCUCUGAUGCCAAUCAUCGACAUCACUCAUUUCCAACGAAUUGCGCCAUCUCCUACAGAAGGCCUGGCCGCACAUGAUAGAGAGUUGCUAUGCCACUGGCACCAGAUAGCCCACAAGGCCAUUGUUCAUCAGCGAGGGUCAGAGGACCUUUUCCAGCAUCAAGUAAUUCAUCUCGCAUUCGAUCAUCCAGUUAUCAUGAACCUCAUACUGGCUAUAUCCUCAUUCGAACAAGCGCAUACUGCCCACCACUCACAGGUAAACGUUCCGGGAUAUCGGAUCCGAAGGGAUAUCUACGCUUCUCUGGGAGUUAAGUACUCUGAAGCCGCCGCGAGGAUGAUGAGACAGGCAGUAGAGAACGCUAAUGUCGAUAACGGUCCGGUAUGUCACCUGGCCUCGAUUCUCAUGAUGAUCAACUCUUAUGCCCAAGGUUCAGUCAAAGAACUUGUGCGGGUCAAGAACGAGCCUUCUACCAUGCUGAGCGACCUGCUCGUCAUUUGCAAGCUCACGAGGGGGGUCAGGGCUAUUUCGGACGCAUAUGGCGUCAUACGACCAGACCGGCACGAGCUCAUACUCUAUGUCACCGAGGCUGAACCACCAGACCGUGGGCCCCUCGAUCCCAUUCUGCACAUGCUUAAUUCUCUGACGUUCCUGGAGGAAGAAGAGGACCCGGUCACCAAGCAGAUCUGCCAGAAUGCUCUGGAUUUAAUGAAGUGGUUGAUACCUCAACCAACUCUAGGAAUCACGCACUGA